AUGGCAGAAGGGCAUAAAAACCCACCACCACCAUCGCCAGGAGCAGCAGAAGUAGAAGAAGGUGGUUGCAACCCCAUAGACUUCAACCACGAGCCCGCUAAAUGCCAACACCGCGGGUCACUGAGAAUGGCUAAUGAGAAGCAAUUUGGCAGAGCUUACGAGCCCUCGAACACCCGCCGCGCUAUCUGUACGGCCAUAUUCGUCUUCCUCCUCUUGGCUGGAGUCACUGCCCUGAUCGUCUACUUGGUCUACCGCCCGGAGAAGCCACGGUUCUCGGUGGUCGGUGCAGCCAUCUACAACCUCAACACCAGCACCCCUCCGCUCAUCUCCUCCACCAUGCAGUUCACGAUCAUGACUCGGAACCCAAACCGCAGGGUCUCCAUAUACUAUGACCACCUGACUGCAUACGUCUCGUACCGGAACCAGGCCAUCUCGCCACUGUUGGCCCUGCCACCGCUCUACCACGAGAGGCGGAAAACUGUGGCUCUGUCCCCAGUGCUUGGAGGGACGGCGGUGCCAUUGCAGGUGGAGGUGGCAAACGCUCUGGCGGUGGACGAGGCAUACGGGGUGGUGGCGCUGAGGGUGGUGGUGAUGGGGAGGCUAAGGUAUAAGGCCGGGGUGAUCAGGACGGGGCACUACGGCAUGUUAGUGAGGUGCGACGUGUUGGUGGGGCUGAGGCGGGGCUCAGUGGACCAGCUUCCCUUGAUUGAUUCCCGCGGCUGCAAAGUAGACAUAUGA